AUGUCCGACCUUCCACCACUUCCUUCUUAUACUCUCACUCCUCUUGAACCACUCAUCCCUUACAUAUCCGAUUUCUACCUCUCUCUCAUUCUACCAAUUGCCGCAUACUGGAUUGUGUCCCUCACCUUCCAUUUAAUCGAUACUCUAGACAUUUGGCCUCAAUACCGCUUGCAUACACCCGCAGAAAUCCUCAAACGCAAUCAUGUCUCCCGUUACGAAGUCGCUCGCGAUGUCAUCAUUCAACAAGUUAUUCAAACAAUUGUUGGAGCUGUGCUAGGUCUUACUGAGCCAGAAGAAAUGGCCGGAAAGACUGAAUUCGAUAUCGCGAAUUGGGCGCGAAGAAUACGCAUAGCACAAAGAGCUUUACCUUCCAUUUUAAGUCUAAUUGGACUUAAUGCAUCCGCAAUAUCGAAAAAUGUAUCAGGGAACUGGCCUAUGGUUGCUGGAGUAUUGGCUGGUGGUAAAUAUCCUGGUUUAAUCGAUGGUUUGGAUAUGGUCAGUGGUCAACAAAUUCCGGCUUUUGCGAAAUGGGAAAUGUGGGCUGCGAAGAUGAUAUAUUGGUACAUCGUACCUGUUAUACAAUUUGGGUUGGCAGUUGCUAUUGUGGAUACUUGGCAAUACUUUUUGCAUAGAGCUAUGCAUAUGAAUAAGUGGCUGUAUACAACUUUCCACUCCCGUCAUCAUCGUCUCUAUGUUCCAUAUGCUUAUGGAGCAUUGUACAAUCAUCCCUUUGAAGGUUUUCUCCUCGAUACUCUUGGUGCAUCAAUCGGCUAUAAAGUUGCUGGCAUGACAUCUCGUCAAGGAAUGGCAUUUUUCGUCGCUUCAACCGUUAAGACUGUAGAUGAUCAUUGUGGUUAUGCACUUCCAUGGGAUCCUCUUCAACAUAUCACAAGUAAUAACGCAGGAUAUCAUGAUAUCCAUCAUCAAAGUUGGGGAAUUAAAACAAAUUUCAGUCAACCUUUCUUCACUUUUUGGGAUAGAAUAUUAGGGACUGUUUGGGUUGGGGAUACUACCGGAAGAUAUGAGAGAAGUAGGAAGGCGGCAGAACUAUUGGUUGAGGCGGAUAAGGUUAACGUUGAGGGGAAAGAAUUGUGA